AUGACAUCGACUACCAUUGUCAACAAGAAACUCUCCCUCCUCUCCAUUGGAUCUUCGGCCGAUCUGUAUGCAAACCGCCAAUCACAACUCUUCCGUGAAUUGGAACUCCUUCUCGACCUGACCCCGAGCACAUUCAGCUCACCUCUCCUAUCACUCCCUCAAGAACUCCGGGCACAAAUCUUCAAUUAUGUCUUACCUCCUUGCAAUGCGCGACCAGAACUGCACUCCUGCCUCUGGGGUGCGGACAUGAUCGCUGGCGAACCCUGGCGACACUUGAUCUUCGGCUACAACAACAAAGUCCCCAAAGACCUUCGCUUGCGCCCAGAGCUUCUACGCAUCAACAAGAAGCUACGCGACGAGAUUCUAAGACUGUACUGGGGAAGGAGCAAACUCACGCUCCACGCCGAGCUCCGCAACACCAAAUUCCAGAACGAGCUCUUCGACUACUCGCCGCACAUUUUGAAACUCCCGCUUCUGUCUUCCGUAACACACGUAAGGUUCUACGUUGAGUGGAACUACACGCUCACAAAGGCUGCCUCCAAAGCGACGAGGCUAGAAGAUUAUAUGCGCAUGACCGACGACUUCUGCAAAGCCAUGGACGAGAUCCUGAGCAAGACGGAGAGAGUAGAGGGUAUCGAACUCAGCGUCUUGUUUUUCUGGAAGUACAGGAGUGGGAAGGUGUACAGCCUCACCAUGUCGGAUCUUUUCGACGUCGAGGAUGUGUUGAAAAAAUACGCAGAGCCCAAGUGGCUGUCACUCUUGCAGAAAUCGCAGUCGCGAUCAAAGAGAUCUAGUAGCAUUGGCAGCGUAUCAAUCAACGACCCGGCGGUCACAAGCCCGGGGCUUGGUCAGAGCGCGGGCGUGGGGUACAAGCUGAGCAGCGAGAAGAAGGGGUUAGAGCAGAGUGGAGGGAUGGAGAUUUUCGUCAGCACGGAUUUGGAGGAGUGUAUGGGGAAGAAGAGGAAAGAGGUCGACUUCUAUGGGAAUUUUGCGGUCAACGAUAUAUUGCCGCAGCCGGGAUACGAAGCCGCUGUUAUGAUAUGA